CCUUUUCUUGGGCCGCAGUGUUGCGAUGAAAAAGAGCAGGGAUUCAGCAGACACGUCCGCUCCCGCGGUUGCGUACGCUGGCAGGGAGUCCGUAGUCCGUGUCAGUUUCUGGGCCUUCCUCGCCCGUUCGUGCUCCAGUGGAGGUAUUUUGUCCUGAGCCAGCUCCCGCGUCUUGAUACAGAAGUGUCCCCAGAACCAUGGCCGAGUACUCGUAUGUGAAGUCCACCAAACUCGUGCUCAAGGGAACCAAGGCUAAGAGCAAGAAGAAAAAGAACAAAGAGAAGAAAAGAAAAAGAGAAGACGAUGAAGAAACCCAACUUGAUAUCGUUGGAAUCUGGUGGACAGUAACAAACUUUGGUGAAAUUUCAGGAACCAUAGCAAUUGAAAUGGAUAAAGGAACCUACAUACAUGCACUUGACAAUGGACUCUUUACACUGGGAGCUCCACAUAAGGAAGUUGAUGAGGGCCCUAGUCCUCCAGAACAAUUUACAGCUGUCAAAUUGUCUGAUUCCAGAAUUGCCCUGAAGUCUGGCUAUGGAAAAUACCUUGGUAUAAACUCAGAUGGACUUGUUGUUGGGCGUUCAGAUGCAAUUGGACCAAGAGAACAAUGGGAGCCAGUCUUUCAAGAUGGUAAAAUGGCUUUAUUGGCCUCCAAUAGCUGCUUUAUUAGAUGCAAUGAAGCAGGCGAUAUAGAAGCAAAAAGUAAAACAGCAGGAGAAGAAGAAAUGAUAAAGAUUAGAUCUUGUGCUGAAAGAGAAACUAAGAAAAAAGAUGAUAUUCCAGAAGAAGACAAAGGAAAUGUCAAACAGUGUGAAAUCAAUUAUGUAAAGAAAUUUCAGAGCUUCCAAGACCACAAACUUAAAAUAAGUAAAGAAGACAGUAAAAUUCUUAAAAAGGCCCGGAAAGAUGGAUUUCUGCAUGAAAUGCUUCUGGACAGGAGAGCCAAAUUGAAAGCUGAUAGAUACUGCAAAUGACUGGACGUUUUGUUUCUUUCUUCUUUUGUUUUUUUCUGAAUAAAUCAGUGGAAGUGUUUUUACAGAA